UACGCAUUUCUCCUCAUUUCUCGCAUAGUAAUAACCGUAGUCAUCAAGUGUUUGCUACUCAAGAACCAUUGGCUGAUAUAUUUCAAGGUCGGCUAAACUAACUCCUUGUUGCACAAGCAACUUAUUCAAUCAGUAUACUUGGAGGAAACAAGGCGAUCGGUUGAGAUGAAAACUUCGUUCCCAUGCAUCUUCCUCAUCACGCUCACAACCUUACUGGCGAAUAGAGCAGUAGGUCUAUUAGGACGUAGUGCCAAGGUGACGGCCGUUUCUUGGCCAAAACAAUGGGUACUGCCCCCUCAUAGAGCCCCACCUCCCGAGGAAUUUCGCCUCUCCCAAGUUACGACUCUACCGGUCUGGAAAACGUUAGGCCUUCGAUUCUAUCCUGGCGACGUGGACUGGAGUGCGCACAAUCAGCUGAAUUGUGAGGUUACCAUAAGAGUCCACUUCAAAGCUGAAGAUGGCCAACGUUCAAGUGUCGUUCACAAUUUCGCUAGCGAUUCCGGCCAUGGUCUAAAUAUACCCCACUCUACAGAACUGACAGUAGAUGUCGUUUCCGUGGGGGGAAUGCAUUAAUAUCAUGAUCACAGCAACCCCCAACUUUUCUCAUAAACUUAACGACGUGGCUAGAUAAACGGAUGCCCCCACUGCAAGGGACGAACAUCCAUGUCCAAGAACUAAAAAAAGGCCGGUCACUGCUGUCCGGGAAGGGUCCUCCUAAUCUAAGAUUCUGCGCAAGCUCCUUGGCCGAGAGUAAUGUA